AGAGUUAAGAAGUAAGAAGUCGAGAAGCUAUGGGCCGGGCACGCAGGCCGCCAGCCGGGCCGCACCGGCACUGCGAGGUAUGCUUCAACCGUCACUGCCACGUCCCCGCGGAGCCGGGCAUCUCCUGCCUGGUGACCAGCUGCCGCCUGCUGUGCGGUGCCACCUUCCACGUGUGCAAAGAGGCGGAGCACGAGCUGCUGUGCCCGCAGGCGCAGGUGCCAUGCCUCAACUCGGCCUACGGCUGCCCUCUGUCCAUGUCGCGCCACAAGCUGGCCAAGCACCUGCACGCGUGCCCGGCCAGCGUGGUGUGCUGCUCCAUGGAGUGGAACCGCUGGCCCAACGUGGACUCCGAGACGGCGCUGCACGAGAACAUCAUGAAAGAGCAGCCCGGCGAGGAGUGUUUGGACACCGCCCUGGCCCUCCAGGACCAGAAGGUUCUAUUCAGCUCCUUGAAAAUGGUGGAGCUCUUCCCAGAAUCCAGAGACCCCGCGGAGGAUGCGGGCGCGCAGCAGGAGGAGCUGGGGGGCGCAGUGGGCGGAGAGGAGGAGGAUGCCAGCCUGGCACCUCACCCUCUGCCCGCCGCCCACCGCCGCCGGGACGUGGUGGAGCUGGGCCAGGAGGAACGAGAGGCGCUGGCGAAAACCAAGGAGGGCAUGGACCUGGCCAGGUUCGGCGAGUGGGAGAACAUGUUCCGCAAAGAGCACGCGGCGGCCACCCUCCUGGCGGGGGGUGACAGCGGGACCUCGGCGGGCAGAGCGCCAGGUGGCACGGUGGGUGCGGAGCGCGCGGCGGCCCGGGGGCGAGGGGCGCAGGCCACCCCGCAGCAGCAGCAGCAGCAGCAGGACUUCGCCGCGGCCACGGAGGUGACCGGCCUCGCCCCCUGGCAGGACGGAGUCCUGGAGAGGCUCAAGACGGCCGUGGACGCCAAGGAUUACAAUAUGUACCUGGUGCACAACGGGCGCAUGCUCAUCCACUUCGGCCAGAUGCCAGCUUGCACGCCCAAGGAGAGGGACUUCGUCUACGGCAACCUCGAGGCCCAAGAGGUCAAGACCGUGUACACCUUCAGGGUGCCCGUGAGCUACUGCGGAAAGCGGGCACGCCUGGGCGAUGCCCUGCUGAAGGGCCGGCCCAGUGAACACAAGGCCGUGGACACCGCGGACCUGGGCGUCACGGUGCAGGACCUGCCCAAGUGCGACCUGGUCAAGACCACCCUGCAGUGCGCUUUGGAGAGGGAGCUCAAAGGGCACGCCAUCUCCGAAUCCAGGAGCAUCGACGGGCUCUUCAUGGAUUUUGCCACCCAGACGUAUCGCUUUGAGCCGGAGCAGUUUUCCUCGGGCACCGUGCUGGCUGACCUUCUGAGCGCCGCCGGGCCCGGGGGUCUCCACGUGGAGCUGCACAGCGAGUGCGUGACCCGUAGGCACAACAAGAGCAGCUCGGCCUUCACGUUCACCUGCAGCAAGUUCUUCCGCCGGGAUGAGUUUCCCCUGCAUUUCAAGAACGUCCACUCGGACAUUCAGUCGUGCCUCGAUGGCUGGUUCCAACACCGAUGCCCCCUCGCCUACUUGGGAUGUACCUUCGUGCAGAACCACUUUCGCCCCCCGGGGCACAAGGCGAAAGUCAUCUACAGCCACGAGCUCAAGACCUUCGCCAUCAAGCCCGAGGUUGCCCCUGAGCUCAGGGAGGGGAGGAAGAGCGACCCUCCGCCUGGCCAUGGAGGAAAAAGCCAAUAUUCUCUGACCAGCCUGCCCCUGGAGGUCCUGCAAUACAUCGCCGGGUUCUUGGACAGCGUCAGCCUGUCCCAGUUGUCCCAGGCGUCAGUGCUCAUGAGGAAUAUCUGCGCCACUCUGUUACAAGAAAGAGGCAUGGUCCUCUUGCAGUGGAAAAAGAAGAGGUAUUCCCACGGAGGCACCUCCUGGAAGGUCCACCGACAGAUCUGGCAGUUCAGCAGCCUCUUCUCCCAAAUCAAGAACUGGGAGUUCAAUGAAGUCACCUCCAUGUCUGAACACCUGAAGACCUGCCCUUUCAACAUUGUGGAGCAUAAGACUGACCCCAUCCGUUUGACCAGCAUGUGUCAGCCCCAUGAGCAGACCCGGGAGAGCUUAGUGUCCACCUUUAGAGCCAGACCACGGGGACGACACACCUAAAGACUCGCAGGCUUGACUCCCUCCUUGGUGUGAGUGAACGUAGAACAAUUUGAGGAUGACGUACCUGCCUCUCUGGGUGCGGGCCCUGUCCACGCUGGAAAAUGCAACAUCUGUCUGGCCUC